GUAAAUAGUACAUUUUCUACGUCAUUCUGAGAUCUGUUCGCUUGCUUGUUUGAUUUCAUUCUCAUCACUUUAAUUUAAUUUUUACUUUCAUAAUUGCAGUUCGUGCAUUAUUAAAUAUAUAAUAAAAUGGAUGAUUUCGGCGAUAACUUUGUACAGCCCGAAGUAGACCCAGCAGCAGAGUUCUUAGCUCGCGAGCAAAACCAAUUAGCAGGUCUUGAAGAUGAGUUGGAAACUAGUGCUCCGCCCCCAAUAGUUUCAUCCACUACUAAUGGACUGGAUGAUUUUGUAGAAGUGCCCAGUGCUGCAGCAUUCGAUUCAAACGGUCUGUUGGAAGAAGAACCUACACCAACCCCAGUAUUCAGGCAAGAAAGAGAAGAGCCAGAAAAAAUCAGAAUUUGGCGAGAGGAACAGAAAAAGAGAUUAGAAGAGAAGGAUGCUGAAGAAGAAAAGAAGAAGGAAGAAAUGUUGAAGGUGGCAAAGAAAGAACUAGAAGAUUGGUACAAGACACAUGAAGAGCAGAUAGCAAAGACAAAGGCAGCUAAUAGGGAAUCUGCUAAGAAUGCUGAGAGAGCCCUAGCUCGCGGUUCAGAGGGGAAUGUCGAAGACGGCAACGAGUGGACCCGUGUGGCGGAACUGUGCGACUUCGGGCCUAGGCGAGGUCGCGACGUCGCGCGCCUACGCUCCAUCGUCCUGCAACUGAAACAGUCUGGCGUCAGACCCAAACACCCCCCACGUACUACUAAAGUAGCUUGAAUGGAGAGUUGAUGAUGGUAAUAUUAUAAAUAUCAGUCUUAGAGAAAAUCACAUAGAAAAAUAUAUACUUAUUGUGUACUCUCUAAUAAAAAUAUAAUUUAUAAAAUAAUCUUAUUAUUAUAAUCUGCAAUAUUGGAAUGUAACUGCUGUUUAUUACAUAAAUAUUGUUUUCUAUUUUAUUAAAGUUAAAAAUAUGGCUAACAUUAAGACUAGCUGGAGUAAAUUGUUUUUAUUUUGAUCAUAGUAUCUAAUAAACAUUCCAAAAAAGAAUA